GCGGGUGGCGGUGCUGAAGGAGAUCACAGUUCCGGACCCGGUGAAAGGGAAGACGUGGGUGCGGAACGGAUGUGACCAGUGGUGGGGGAACUCCCAGGGUGUUUGCGCUCGGACACAGGCCUCGAUUUCUUCGUCUGAUGAGACGCCUCGUUUCCGAAAUCUCGCGAGCGACUCUUAGGCACCGUGACCAGUGCCCGCCUCGGAUUUUGAGGCGUCUCGAAACACGGUUGUCUUUCUUCUUCCUCAAUUUCUUCCGAAGGAGUCCUCUUCCUCUUCUUUCCUCUUCUUCCUUCAUCUUCUUCGUCUCGUUUCCGAUAACUCGCGAUUCUUAAUGGCCACGAAUGUCCUCCUCGGUUUCUCCUUUCCUCUCGUGCAAGCUUCGCUCCCAAAUAGUUCCCUCGUCAAUGGCGUUCAUUUAUUCUCCACCGUCACCUCUCCCUCAUCUCGCGCAUCGUCUUUCGAGACGUCUGCGAAGAAAACGGUCUCAGGUGGUUGUUCCUCGUCUCACGCAUCGCUCCGCCGUCGCCCCUCAGAGCUCCGCGUGUUGUCCGUCCGUCGCCUCCGGCUCACGGAUCAUACGAGCAGCUCUCCAGUGAUUUUCCGCCACGUGGCUUCGUCGCCGCGUCUGUCCGUUAGUUGCGCGGCUAGGGCCGCGGCUGGCGGUGCUGCGGACGCAAGCAGUGAGGGCGAGGGAGGAAAAGAGCCGAUGACGGGGGGAGGGAAGGACAAGGACGUCGUGGAUGACGACGUCAUCACCACUGAGGUCGCUACUGAGCUGGCGUACAUCCUCCCCCCUUCCCCCGUGGACCAACCCACACCAGAUGCCACUUCCCCCUCUCCUCCCUCCCCGCCCUACCUCCUCCUCCUCGCCCCUGGAGCCUUCAUCCCCGCACUCUCCUACCUCCCGCUCAUCCGCGCUAUAAGGUCAGCCACCCCCCCAUCCCUGCGGAAGCGCCUGUGGGUGGCGGUGCUGAAGGAGAUCACAGUUCCGGACCCGGUGAAAGGGAAGACGUGGGCGCGGGACGGGUAUGAGGCAGCGGUGAAAGCAGUAAAGGAGAUGGGCGCAGAUGUGACCAGCGGUGGGGGAACUCCCAGGGUGUUUGCGCUCGGACACAGCGUGGGCGCCUUCCUGAUGACUCCAGUGGUGCGUGAGUCCUGCCUCGCUCUCAUCCAGCUCGGAGCAUGGCACAACUUCGAGGAAACUUCUCUCCAGCAGUUCCCAAGGCCCACUCUCACGAUUAUCGGUUCCAGGGACGGUCAGGCUCCCCCCAUCUCCAUGGCUCUAGCAGUCAAGGAACUGUACCCUGGAACCUCAGGUGCCCUGUCAGGUGAUUCUUCAGGUGGUUCUUCUGUUGUUGCGCCUGGCAGCGCGACAGCAGCAGCGCUGGGGCCACUGCUGUCCAUCGUCCAGAAGCCGUUUGUGAUUAUAAAGGGGAUGAACCACGCGCAGGGGGGGAACGGGGUGGUAAACAGAGAGAGGGGUGAUUUGGAAGCUUCUAGACCCGUGGAGGAGGUGAGGGAGGAAAUCGGGCGGCUGGUUUCGGCGUUUAUCCUGCUGCACCUGCACUCGGACAAUGGCUGGGCGCCGCUGCUGCUGGCGGGAGGGAGCAGCGAAGAGGGAGGUGAAGGGGGGAGCGGAGGAGUGGGAGGGGAAGAAGGGGUGAGGGGAGGAGUGGGGGGGAGGAUGGGGGGAGUUGAGUGAGGCUGGGGCAUGCAAGGAAGGGCUGAAGCUGCUGCGGGGGGCGGUGGGGUGGUCCUUGGACUACCUGCAGCCGUUUUGGAAAGCUAUGGACAUGGAAAGGGAGGAGCCUCAGCACGUUCUGGACGCCAUACUCUCCCAAGCGGGCGUUUCCACUGCAGCCCUCCCCGCCCCCAUCGUUUCCCACACCAUCUUCUAUGACUUCCUGCCAGACUUCAUCCGCUCCAAGCCAGCCCUUGUCGGCCCGCAUAACAACUCCUCCCCGACCACCGUGCUGCAGUCUGCGUGGCUGCAGACGCAGGGCAAGUUCUGGCCGUGCCAGAGCCACACUUUGUGGGUCAAGUGCAAGACUUCUGCUGCUUUAGAGGAGGCAUUAGGCUUGGGUACUGCACCAACACAAGCAGCAGCCACCACGCCUGCAGCAGCAGACAAAUCAUCUCUUGCAGCGGCUUUCUCAGCAUGGGCUGCAGCAGCGCCAAUGGGAGUGCGCCACGUGGCGGCAUCGAUCAAUGAAGCAGCGAUGCAGCGGGCCCUUGAUAUGGUGCACCCGUAUGCGAGGGAGAGGUACGAGCGAGACGGGAAGAAGGUGGUUUUUGGAGAGGAUAGGAUAUUGCCCAUCGAUGGCUGGCUCAAGGCUGAUGUAGAGUGGUUGUCAGAGGAGGGAGUGGAGGAGGGGGAUCAGGAGGGAGGAGUGAAGGGAGGGAGAGGGGUUGUGGUGGCGAGGUCUCCGAUUUUGAUCACUCCAGAUGAAAUCCUUCCAGCAGAGAUGAAGGCGAGGUUUGGGGGGAUGCACUAUAUGAAGGUGGUCACUGUAGCUCGUGCCAUGCAAUGGAUUAUGCUGGAUGCUUUUAGGUGAAAUGUCUUAUUCUGGAGAAUCUUUCAUGUUGUCGCCUCUUGUUCUGCAUCUAUGGAUUUAAUUUUUAAAUUGAAUGCAUAUGCUAAUUGUUUUUUAAUAAA